AUGGCGCUGGCACUGUUGGAGGACUGGUGCAGGAUCAUGAGUGUGGAUGAGCAGAAGUCGCUGAUGGUCAUGGGGAUACCGGUGGACUGCGAUGAGGCUGAGAUCCAGGAGGUCCUUCAGGAGACGUUAAAGUCUCUGGGCAGGUAUCGACUGCUUGGCAAGAUAUUCCGGAAGCAGGAGAAUGCCAAUGCAGUUUUACUGGAGCUUAUGGAGGACACUGAUGUCUCAGUGAUCCCCAGUGAGGUUCAGGGGAAGGGGGGUGUCUGGAAAGUGAUCUUUAAGACCCCUAACCAGGACACCGAAUUUCUUGAAAGACUGAACCUCUUUCUAGAAAAAGAGGGGCAGACAGUCUCGGGUAUGUUCCGAGCCCUUGGGCACGAGGGGGUGUCUCCAGCCACAGUGCCCUGUGUAUCACCAGAGCUAUUGGCCCAUUUGGUGGGGCAGGCAAUAGCACAUGCCCCUCAGCCCCUGCUACCCAUGCGAUACCGGAAGCUGCGAGUGUUCUCGGGGAGCGCUGUGCCAGCCCCCGAGGAAGAGCCCUUUGAGAUCUGGUUGGAACAGGCCACUGAGAUAGUCAAAGAGUGGCCAGUAGCAGAGGCAGAAAAGAAAAGGUGGUUGAUGGAAAGUCUGCGUGGCCCUGCCCUGGACCUCAUGCACAUAGUGCAGGCAGACAACCCGUCUAUCAGCGUGGAAGAGUGUCUGGAGGCGUUUAAACAAGUGUUCGGGAGCCUGGAGAGCCGCAGGACCUCCCAGGUGAGGUAUCUGAAGACGUAUCAGGAGGAAGGAGAGAAAGUGUCAGCCUAUGUGUUACGGUUAGAAACCCUGCUCCGCAGAGCGGUGGAGAAACGGGCCAUCCCUAGGAAUAUAGCCGACCAGGUGCGCCUGGAGCAGGUCAUGGCGGGGGCCACCCUGAACGAGAUCCUGUGGUGUCGGCUUAGGGAGCUGAAGGAUCAGGGCCCGCCCCCCAGCUUCCUUGAGUUAAUGAAGGUAAUACGGGAAGAGGAGGAGGAAGAGGCCUCCUUCGAGAAUGAGAACAUCGAAGAGCCUGAGGAAGAGGUUGGCUAUGACCGCUGGGACAAUGAAGGAGACAACUAAAGACCUCCUGGGAGUAGGACCCCGGUCAGCCUGGGGAACAUUAACUCUGCUAGGCUAAGACCUUCUCAGUGUGUUUUUCUU